AUGUAUAACAUGAUGGAAACCGAGAUCAAGAGCCCGCUCCCGCAAUCCAAUUCGGGCUCAGCUGCGGGCAACAAGAACAACAGUGCCAACGACCAGGACCGGGUGAAGCGGCCUAUGAACGCUUUCAUGGUGUGGUCCCGUGGACAGCGGAGAAAGAUGGCACAAGAGAACCCUAAAAUGCACAACUCUGAGAUCAGCAAGCGGCUCGGUGCAGACUGGAAACUUUUGACCGACGCGGAGAAGAGACCCUUCAUCGACGAGGCCAAGCGUCUGCGCGCCAUGCACAUGAAGGAGCAUCCGGAUUACAAAUACCGUCCCCGAAGGAAGACCAAGACCCUGCUCAAGAAAGACAAGUAUUCUUUACCUGGAGGACUUCUGGCGCCAGGUGCCAACGCUGUCAACAACGGCGUCUCGGUGGGACAGCGGAUGGACAGUUAUGCUCACAUGAAUGGCUGGACAAACAGUGCAUACUCUCUCAUGCAGGACCAGUUGGCCUACCCUCCGCAUCACAGCAUGAACAGCCCCCAGAUCCAGCAGAUGCACCGGUAUGAGAUGGCAGGGCUCCAGUACCCCAUGAUGUCCUCGGCGCAGACCUACAUGAACGCAGCGUCCACGUACAGCAUGUCCCCAGCAUACACGCAGCAGACCUCCAAUGCCAUGGGCUUGGGCUCCAUGGCCUCCGUGUGCAAGUCCGAGCCGAGCUCCCCUCCACCGGCGAUUACCUCCCACUCCCAGAGAGCGUGUUUGGGGGAUCUGAGGGAUAUGAUCAGCAUGUACCUGCCUCCCGGUGGAGACGGCGCGGAUCACUCUUCCCUGCAGACCAGUCGGUUACACAGUGUUCAUCCGCACUAUCAGACCGCGGGGACUGGCGUGAACGGAACGCUACCCCUAACUCACAUUUGA